UACCUUUUCAAACUUAAGGAAUCCCUAAACAGUGUAUGGAAUAGCCUCUCUGUUGAUCUGUUAUAUAAAGUUGCAGAUUGUUAAGGAAAAAAAAAAAAAAGCAAAGCGAAGGAAAUUCUACCAGAGUAGAAGUUUUAACAACAAUUUUGUCAUUAUGGAACCAUGCUUGUAUACUGAUGAAUAUAUUGCAAUAGCCAAUUUUUUUUCUUAUUAAUUCUUAAACCAUUGGGUACAUGGGACAGGCGACUCACGAAAACUAUGAUAGUGAUAACUUCAGAUAAGCAGUUUAUCAUGGAUAAGAUAAGCAGACCCAACUGCACUGCGUUUUUAUUUGGUCUCUCCUACACAAGAUGAGUAAGUCUACAUGUUCCUAGCUACCUCACUAUUGCAGUGAAAUAUUUGUGACUAAACAAGUAUCGAAGAAACAACAAUGUGGAGUGGUGACGCUUCUUUCAUUGAGCCUACGUGGCCUGAAGGGUUGACGACCAGCCAAAUCACGCACGGGGUGGAGGAUUUGCGCGAUGGCCUCAACGACAGCUCGGCAAAGGAUGGACAGACGGCCCUGGAGUUAUCAGAAUGGUUGGUGAAGCUGGACCUGGCAGCCACUCUACUUAUGAAUUUUAACACAGUUACUCUCAUGUUGGGCAUGGGCGCCGCCACCUACUGGAAAGAGUUUUGGGAGCAUAUGAGACGUCCAUGGGCGUGCCUCGUAGGAAUGACAUGUCAGUUCGUGCUGCUACCUGCCGUGGGCUUCGGUUUGUGCCUUGCCUUCCACUUGCUGCCGUAUGAAGCUCUGGGUGUCCUUAUUCUCGCCUGCUGCCCAGGCGGAGCGUUUUCAAAUUUCUUCACUUUCUGGGUUGACGGUGAUCUCGCUCUUAGUAUUAUGAUGACGGCGCUGUCCUCCAUGCUGGCUUUUGGGGUGAUGCCGCUCAACAUAUGGCUUUACUCCUGGCGCUGGACAAAUCAAGAACUGCAGGUGCCUUAUAUCAAAAUCCUCAUCAGUUUGGUUAUCGUCACACUACCAGUCAUCGCCGGUAUGGUGAUCCGUCACUGUAGCAGGAAGUGGGCUAAUUACAUCUCCAAGGUGUGCAGCGUGUUGGGAUGGGCUGGAGCUCUCACCUGUGGUGCGCUCCUUAUGCUCAGAUACUGGACUACAAUUGUAAGGUCCUCCAUCUACCUCGUCAUCAUCGCUGCACUUACACCCCUCACAGGGUUUGUGGUGGCAUACAUUAUCGUCAAGACCCUUUGUUUUGUAAGUAUUCCCCUGCUUGUGUAAUCUU